AUGGAUUGGUGUUUUUCUAUUGCGUGGGAUGUCUUGAAGUGCCUAGUUGUUCCCGUCAAGCGUCAAUUCGGAUACGUCUUGUCCUCCAAGAGCUACGCAAACGGUCUUCAGGAGGAAGUCCAGAAGCUGGCAGACGAGUCUCAGAGGGUCACCUCUCUUGCGGACGUGGCCAGUAACAAUCUUCGGGUUUUCUACAGGGGCUUCACGGAGUGGCAGGCAAGUGCUGAGAAGGCCUUGGUAGAGGCGAAAGACCUGUCGGGCAAAUUUGAAGGGGCGAGCAAGAGUUGCUGCCGCGGGACUCUUCCCGACCCCGUUUGUCGCUAUCGGUUCAGCAGGAAGGCCAAGGAAAAGAUGGAGGCCCUCCGGCAACUAACUGAAAAAUGCAGUGAAUUCAAGGAACCGAAUGACAUCUCCUCCAGCCUUCCUGCUCGGGGGAAUGUCACUGCUCCGACUCCGGGCAGGAGAGAGGGCAAAGAAGUCAUGCAGUCGACCGCUGCGACGGCCUCUGCUUCUUCAGCCUCUACUGCGAUUAAGGACGAUGGUGUCUUCGAAUCCAGAGCUCAGAUCAUAAGAGACAUCAUGAAAGCUCUUGCUGAUAACAGCAACAGAGUGGUCGGGGUUUACGGGAUGGCCGGGGUUGGCAAGUCCACCCUUUUGGUGGAUGCCGAAAGGAGACUAAGGGAAGAGAAGUCGUUUGAUUGGGUCGCUAAGGCCAACGUGUCGGAAAAUCCAGACAUCGAGACCAUUCAAGGAGAUAUUGCGGACGCCUUGGGCCUUACUGACAUUAAGAACAAAGAGACUCCCGGCGGGCGAGCGAACUUUCUGCGCGACAGGUUGAAAGCCGAGGAGGAGAAGAACAAGAAGGUGCUCAUAAUACUGGAUAACCUGUGGAAGGGGUUGGACUUGAAAUCAGUCGGCAUUCCCUGCGGACAUGACAACGAGGUCAUAGGGUGCAAGUUGUUGUUGACGUCAAGAGAUCGUGUUGUUUUGCGAACUAAAAUGGGCUGCGACAAGGAGUUCCCCCUUGGUGAGCUGAGGGACGAAGAAGCAAAAAGUUUGUUUGAGAGGCUGGUGGGAGACAAAGUUCAUGAUGACGAGUUCAAAUCCUUGGUGGAUGAAGCCCUCCACAAAUGUGCAGGUUUGCCUUUCCUUAUUGUCCUUAUGGCGAAAGUUUUUAAACGUGCUGAGUUUUCUGACUGUAAGAAUGCUUUGAAGCAAAUUAAGUUGUCUAAAAACGAAGGAAUCGGUGAGAUGAUAAAUGAGAGUUUGCAAUUGAGUUAUAACAACUUAAAAGACUCGGAUAAGUCAUUGUUAGCGCUCUGUGUUGCUUAUGGCACCUCUAAGCCCUCUCUCGAAAACUUGGUGAGGUACGCCGUGGGUUGGGGGCUCUUUCGAGAAGAUGACAUGGAACAAGCUAGAGAGAGUUUGAGAUCAGGGAUUCGUGCUCUUCAAGACUCCUCCCUCCUGUUAGAGGAUGAAAAUGCUUAUGGUUUCAAGAUACACGACUUGGUUCGUGAGUUUGUUGCCUCGGUCGCUUCAAGAGAUCAUCCUCUUCUCGUUUUGAAUGAGAAAGAUAAGUUGUUAGUAGAACAGUUAAAGGACAAGCUCAAAAGUUGCAGGGCAAUAUGCUUUCCCCACGUCUACAUGAAGGAGCUUCCCGAAGGGUUAGAUUGCCCCGAAAUGCGGAUCUUUUUGUUGUUCACAAACAAUAAAACUCUUAAGGUCCCGGAUUCUUAUUUCAACUCCAUGAGAAAACUCAUGGUCUUGCAUCUUUCUCGGGUGCGUCUCAGUCGUUCACCUUCGCCAUUUCAGUCCUUGGAGGACUUAUACACUCUCUGUCUAGAUGGUUGUUCAUUAGAUGAUGUAGCCAUGAUUGGCGAGCUAAAAAGGCUGCAUAUUCUUAGCUUUGUCAACUCCAAUAUUCAACGAUUGCCAAAAGAGAUUGGACAAUUGGUACAGCUGAAGUUGCUAGACUUAGACAAUUGCUCACGACUUGAGAUAAUUGAACCGGGAGUGCUCGAAAGCUUGACGAAUUUGGAGGAGUUGUAUAUGAAGAAUAGCUUUGAUCAUUGGAAUGCCGUGGAGCAAAUUCCGCCAACUAAUGCCAGGCUCAUUGAGUUGAACAAAUUGAAGAAUCUCUAUACUUUGCAUGUGUCCAUUCUCAAUCUGAGUGUGCUCCCGGAGGAUCUAAACGUCGAGAAACUAACCAAGUACCAAAUCCGGAUAGGUGAUGUGCCACACUGGCGAAUUCGCAAUGGAUCGAGCAUAUUGGAGCUUAAGUUGGAUCCAAUAAGCGAUAUUCUUCAGAAAGGAUGCAUACAAACUUUAUUAGGCAAAACCGACGAUCUCUUCUUAGAUGGAUUAAACGGAAUUGAGCAGACUAUUUGCGUGUUAUCCCAAAAAGGUUUUUCGAAAUUAAAGCACCUACAAGUCAAGAGUAGUCCCUCCGUCCAUUACGUCCUCCAAUCUCCAUCACAUACGGAGUUUAAGAUGUUGGAGUCGUUACUUCUCGAUAACCUCAUCAACUUGGAGAAGAUAUGCAACAACCAUAUCUCCUCCAAUUCCUUCAGUGCAUUAAAGGUAGUACGAGUUGAAAACUGCAACAAGAUGGAAGUUUUGUUUCCUCUUUCAUUGUUGAGAGAACUUCCACAGCUUGAAGAGAUGCGAGUUGUUGAGUGCCACUUAAUGCGGGAGAUUGUAGAAAUUGAUGAUAGUGGAAAAGUUGAGUUGCCAAAUUUGCGGGUAUUGGAAUUGCGUGACUUGCCAAAUAUAAAAAAUUUUGUCACCGACGGGACGGCUCCUUCAAGUAGUACGCCAAAUGACCAAGUUGGCCCUCAAAUUGCAUUCUUCAACGGGCAACAGGUUGCGUUUCCUAGCUUGGAGACAUUAACCAUCUGGAGUGCGGAUAGCAUUGAGACAAUAUGGGACAAUCAAGUUGCUGCGGAGUCUUUCCGCAAACUAAAAUCGCUCAGAGUUUAUAGAUGCGAUAAGCUAGAGAACAUUGUUCCUUCUGACAUUCUUGGAAGGCUCAAGAGCUUGGAAAGUUUGGAGGUAGAAUCAUGUGAUUCGCUUGAAGUUGUUUUCAAACUGCAGCCAUUGAGUCCUCUAGACGGACAUCCCAUUGCUUGUUUCCCUAAAUGCAAAAUGUUGACAGAAGUCAUUUGUGACGAUGGAGGUGAGGAGGGGCUUCCGGUGGUUUUCAAUCAAUUGAAGUAUAUGGAGCUUGAUGGGUUGACGGGGCUGAGAUGUUUCAGCUCAAGUAAAUGCACUUUGAAGUUCCCACUCUUGGAAGAUGUCAUUGUGAGUGGAUGUCCCAGCAUGAAGUUCUUCUCUGAGGGACCAAUAAAUACGCCAAAGUUGGAGAGAGUACAAGCAUCAACAGAAGCGUGGUUUUUGAAGGAAAACCUCAACAUCACCAUCCAAAAUAUGUUUAAAGAAAUGGCUACGGUUGCGAGAGUAAAGUUGAUGCGGCUGUCCGAGUUCCCCGAGCUAAUUGAAAAAUGGCACAGCGAACUUAUUCCCAUCAAGCCCUCUUGGCAAUUAAAAUCAUUGGUGGUGGAUAAAUGUCCAUCAUUUACUAACGCUAUGCCAUCCAGAUUGAUACCUGUUUUAAACGAAGUGCGAAGAUUGCAUGUGCGCGAUUGCGAGUCGCUAGAAGAAGUAUUCAAUCUUGAAGGGCUGGAGGGCGUGCGAAGCACUCGGGUGCUACCUAGUUUAGCAUGUCUAGACUUGGUCAACCUACCAAAGUUGCGGCGAAUAUGGAACAACCACCUCCAAGGGACGCUGCGCUUCGAUAUGAUAGAUAGCCUCACCCUUUAUAAAUGCAGCAACUUGAGACAUGCUUUCACUCCAUCGAUGGCUCGGUGUGUUGCCAAUCUACAUGAGAUGGAAAUAAAGGAGUGUGGUCAAAUGGAAGGAGUGAUCGCAGAGGAAGAAGGACAAGGAAGCGCAGUGGAGAAGAUUACAUUCCCGAAUCUUUAUUGCAUGAAGCUGGAAUGCUUGCCCAAUAUGACUAAUUUUCUCUCGGGGAAGAAUCCUCGGCUGGAAUGCCCUAGAUUAGAAGAGUUGACCAUUGCCUCUUGUCCCAAGAUGAGAAGCUUAACUUGGCAACCUUUGAUGGAGAUCGACCAACGCACUCCUUCACUUUUUACUCCGGAGAUACAAGUGGGGCUGGCCCGGCUGGGGGCAAUGGGAGUCGGAGGGUGA